CUGUGUGAUGUAAUCAAUGCGGGGGGUUAAACGGCGACCCGCAGACCCGCAACACUGAUCCAAAUCACGCACAACACCGCAAACCAGGCGGCACACAAUAGACACAGAGAACAAUAGCCGCGCGCUGCUCUUUAUUCACAAUAUCUGAUUCAUGUUGACGCGCUGAUGAGCGGGCCUAGUUCCCGCGGAGGGUUAUAACCGUGUGUCGCUUAAAAACACUGCGCUUCAGUUAAAAUUAGCCAUUUUAGGUGUUUUGAAGCCCCCCGGGAGGAAGAGAAGAAGAACACGUUGUAACGUGCGGGGCGGAGGGAGAGAGACUCUCACCCAGAGCGAGCGAGAGAGAGAGAGGGGAGAGGGGGGAGAGAGGGAGAGAGAGCAGUGAAUGGGCACGACUCAGUCAGCAGCACUGCGCCCUUCACUUUAUCGAUAUCGAUCAGUUUGGUAAUCGAGACAUUUAGACCCACAGCGGGUCCGUUAGCUAGCCUGUUAGCUAGCCCGGGAGCUAGCCGCAGCAGCAGCCGCUAACACGAUGGGACGCAUGUGAAGCAGCCCGGGAGCUAAUAGCAGCCUGGCGGAGAAAGAAACAAGGAAGCGGACGGCUAGCUGCGCUACACACAAGCUAACGUUGGCUAACUGUUGGCUAAUAUUAUUUCUAAUGAGCGACCCAGGAGUAUGCGACCUGAUACGAAGAGGAUCAGAUCAUCUGAUGCUGAAGAAUCACGCAGGCAGAUCUCAGAUCAGCUCCUCCGUCACUUCUCUCACUGUAGUUUAUGUGUGGUUGCCAUGGCGACGCAACGAGCAGCAGCGGCAAGUUGAAAAGCGGCGUGAACUUUGAGCUGACUUGUUCGGGGAUGUCGGGCAGUAAGGCGCUGGGCGGGGGGGCGAGGCGCAGGCGGACCCGGUGCCGGCGCUGCCAGGCCUGCAUGAGGACCGAGUGUGGAGAGUGUCACUUCUGUAAGGACAUGAAGAAGUUCGGAGGGCCCGGCCGGAUGAAGCAGUCCUGCCUCCUGAGGCAGUGCACAGCGCCGGUGUUGCCUCACACGGCGGUGUGUUUUGCGUGCGGCGAGGCGGGCAAGGAGGACACGGUGGACUCUGAGGAGGAGAAGUUCAGCCUCUGUCUGAUGGAGUGCACCAUCUGCAACGAAAUCAUCCACCCCAGCUGCCUGAAGAUGGGUAAAGCUGAAGGAAUCAUCAACGAUGAGAUUCCAAACUGCUGGGAGUGUCCCAAGUGCCACAAGGAGGGAAAAACCAGUAAGGACCAGGCCGACGGCUCGGGGAAACGCAGGCUGGAUAACGGCGAGGUGGGCCGCUGGAAGCUCACAGAUGACCCUCCACCUAAAAAGAAAGCCCCUCCCUCCCUGGAGGAGGGGGGGAGAACGGACGGGGGACACAAGAGGAAGAAGGAGAAGGAGCUGCCUCAGGACAGCGGGCCCAAGAAGAAGAUGAAGGGCGGCCACGAGAAACGCCUCAAAAAGAAACCCAAACAGGAGGCGGUGGAGUCCAACGGCCCCACCUCCUCAGCUGGAGGAGGAGCAGGAGGACUGCAGGGCUCCUCCUCAACAACCUCCUCUCAGCCGGGGGGAGGAGGUGGGGGAGGAGCGGGGGGGACGUCGAGUGCAGACCAGCGCUCGCAUCACAGAGAGAAACUGGAGCGGUUUAAGAGGAUGUGUCUGCUGGAGCGCCGACCCGAGUCCUCGUCCUCGUCCUCCUCCAGCUCCGAGUCUGACUCCGAGUCCGACUCUGACGACUCCCUCAGGGGGGAGCAGGCAGGGGGAGGCUCCUCGCCAUCAUCGUCCUCCCCCGCCCCGCCUCCUCCCAUCGUCUAUGGCAACAGCAGCGGAGGGCGGGCGGAGCGAGAGAGGAGUCGCAGCGAGCGGGAGAGAGAGAGAGAAAGGGAGCGCCGCCUAGCUGAGCUGGGCUUCAGCGCCAGUGAGGAGUCGGAGGGGGAGGGGGGGAGGGGGGAGGACGAGGUGAGGGAGGAAGAGCAGGGAGGUGGAGGCGGGGAGAAGGCACGGCGGAGAGGAGGUGAGGCUGGGUUACCUCCACGAGGACGGAAAGCAGGACUGCUUGAUGGAGAGGAGGAGGACAUGCCCACCUCCGACAGGACCAGGAAAAACUCUGCCUCCCUCCCCCCGCCCUCACCCCUCUCCUCCAAUCAGAUGCCGCCGUCCUCGCAGCACGACGGUUUCACAGGGAAGCAGCGCAGCAAUGGGCAGGACGCGCGCAACGGACGGACACGAGGAGGGACAGGAGGCGGGAGGGAGGGAGGGGAGAAGGAGAACACCAGUGGUGUUCUGACCAAUCACAGACACAGUGGGGGGGGAGGGGGAGGGACCAAAGGUAGUGGGAGCCGCGGCAACAAGAUCCGUAGCAACAGUAAAAACCAGACGUCCAGAAACAACAGCACCUCCUCCUCCGCCUCCAUCCCCACGUCCAAUGGGGGAGGAGGCCCGGGGGGAGGCGGCCUGAUGAUGUCUGCCAUGGCAGCGUCUCCAUGCUCACAGCCGUCCCGCCUCGCGCCGCGCUCUCAGAUGAUGAAGCGCAGCCCUCCGGCAGUCCCCUCGCCACCCCGGCCCAUUCAGAUGGAGAGACACCUGGUGAGGCCGCCCCCCACCUGCCCCGAGCCCAGCUGCCUGCCGCUGGACUCUGGCUCCUCCCACAUCAUGACGCGGGACGUGUGGCUGCGAGUGUUCACUCACCUGAGCCAGAGAGAGCUGUGUGUCUGCAUGAGAGUCUGCCGCACCUGGAGCCGCUGGUGUUGCGAUAAACGGUUGUGGACUCAGAUCGACCUGAGCCGGCAGCGCUCCAUCACCCCCCCCAUGCUGAGUGGUAUCAUCCGCCGACAGCCCGUCUCACUCAACCUGGGUUAUACCAACAUCUCCAAGAAACAGCUGAUGUGGCUCAUCAACCGCUUACAAGGUCUGUUGGAGUUGAAUGUGUCCGGGUGUCCGUGGCCGGUGGUCUCUGCUCUGUGUCAGGCCGUCUGUCCCUGCCUGAAGCUGCUGGACCUCAGCAGAGUGGAGGACCUAAAAGACUCUCACCUGAGAGAGCUGCUGGCCCCCCCACCUGACACCAGGACAGUUCUCUCACACGUUCUCUGCUCUCUGAUUGGUCGAUCAGCUCACGGUGAAACCAGAGUGGGGCGUUUCCAGAACGUGACAGAGCUACGAUUGGCAGGUUUGGACCUGACGGACACGUCAUCUCGUCUGUUGGUGCGUUACGUUCCUCACCUGACCCGGUUGGACCUGAGUCAGUGUGGAAACGUCACGGACCAGACGGUGCACACCCUCACCUCCCCCAUCUCCCCCCUGAGAGAGAGCCUCACCCACGUCAACCUGGCAGGCUGUGUGAAGGUGACGGAGCAGUGCGUCCCGUUGCUGCGGCGCUGCACCUCCCUGCAGACGGUCGACCUGCGCUCCUGCUCGCUCCUCUCCUCUGAGACUGGACAGCUGCUCUCCUUCCCGUCACACUCCGCCUCCUCCUCCUCCUCCUCCUCCACCACCUCCUCCUCCGCCACCACCACGGUUGCUGCUUCAUCCUCCUCCGCUACGUCGGUCUCCUCCUCCUCCUCUUCCUCCUCCUCCUCCUCCUCCUGUCCUCCUGACGACAGAACACUGCUAAAGAACAGCUAAAGUCCUCCUCGAUGUCACGUGACACUUGAGUCAUUGGUCCAGGCGUCCUACAAGCCCCGCCUCCCACCUCAUUACACUACAGACAGGUGAGGUAGAGGAGGAGGAGGAAGGAGGAGGGACCUGAGCAACUUUUCCCCUGUUGGAAAAGGUUUUGUUUUGUUGGCGGGCACAGCCACCACAGAGGAGGAGGAGGAGGAGGAGGAGGAAGAUAUUUUGGGAAAGUUGUCGGUAAUAGUAAAAAGAAUUAGAAACCCUGAGCAUGUACAUAUUUGUUCUCUGUACAAUUUUGGGUGUGUGUAUAUAUCUGUAGUUUACUGUAAAUGACCUUUAACCUUUGAAACAUCACCCCAACACUCCUUUCCUUCCCUGCUUCCUUCCUUCCUUCUUUCCUUCCUUCCUUCCAUCCAACGACCAAUCAUCACGCCAGACAUCCACCUGCUCGUCAGUAGCUGCAGGAGAGAGAAAAGUGGAAAAUUAAAACUUGAUGUUGUUCAGAUUUCGUUGCUGUGGUUUGAAAGGUGACAUCAAACCUCCAUCCCCACCCACCCCACCCCACCCCACCCCACCCUCACAGGAAGUCAGAAACACUUGAGGCUUGAUGUUCAAACUGAGGACAAUCUGAUAUUUGUGUCUCAUUCACGAUCAGAACACAGUUUGGGAUUUAGACAGUUUCCCUCGUCUGGGUCUGAGUGGACGACGUGUCCUGAAGUGUUUGAUAGAAAUGCAUCUUUUGUGUAUGAAGUUUGGUGCAGCUGGAGAGUCUCUCUGCAGAGGGAUUAAUCCCGUGCUAAGGUGGACGAACGAUGAAAGUUAGAGAAUCAGCUGAACAAGAUGGCGUCUUCAGGCGUCUCGUUUUGUCCAACCAGCAGUCAACAACCCAAAGAAACUCAGUCCAGAAGCAGCAGUCGUCUCCUCGCCUGCUGCAUAAUCUGUUGAAUAAUCUAUUAAUGAAUCAACUGCUGCAUUUCAGACUGACACUGUUUCCUCUUGACAAAUCUAAAUGAUCCAGUUUGUGAUAAUCAGACCUCAGAUCAGUGCUCAGUCAAGUCUUUCUGUCUUCUGUGAAUGAAGCUUCAUUCAUGAGAGAAUCUGUGCUCAGUGUCGAGGCUGCAAUCAGAGUGAACUCAGCUCCUAAUGAAUGUAAACACAUGGUCAGGUGUGUGUGUGUGUGUGUGUGUGUGAGAGAAAGAGAGAUGGAAACUGUUAAUUAUGAUUGUAUGAACCCAGUGAGGCAGCAGACAAAACAGGUAAUAAUCAGAAAGUUUAUGAUCUUGUCGGAAGUCAAAGAGACUCUUUCAGAUUAUUCCCAGGUUUAUGUGACGAUGCGACAGAUUAAUUCUGUGUUGUCAGAUGUUUGGACUCGGCUUCAUGUAAAGACAAUUCAAAUCAGAUCAACCAGUAAACAGGAAGUGACCUCACCAGACGGCUGCGGAGUGAGUGACCUUCAGGAGCAGUGAACUGAUCAGGUGUCAGCAGUGUCCAGUCGUCCUCCCGUCUCUGAACACACCGUCCAAACUGUCCCGUUCACUCCAGCAGACAAACGUCUGAGGGUGAAUCACAGAUUUGGAGAGAGGCUAACAGUUUCCCUCUGCCUUCAGUGUUUGUGCUAAGCUAAGCUAAGCUAGGCUAAACACAUCAGUGUCGAAAUCAAAGUGAAACAUGACGAGCAGCUCUGUAAACCACAGAGCGGGCCAGGCUAACAGUUUCCUCCCGCUUCUAGUCUUUGUGCUAAGCUAGGCUAAGCAGACCUGUGUGGUCCUGUAAAAUGUCAAACUGUUCCUUUAAACGGCGUCCAGUCACGAGGGUGUCGCUGCAGGUUGUUCCGGUGUGAGUUUGGUUUGAGGUGUUUUCCUUCCUGCUGUGUGUGUGUGUGUGUGUGUGUGUGUGUGUGUGUGUGUGUGUGUGUGUGUGUGUGUGUGUGUGUGUGUGUGUGUUCAGACCGACAGCUGAAACUGAGCCUCAGUGUCUUCAACAUUCGCCUCAAUCGUUCAUCUUCUCCUCUUCGUCCUUUGUCUCCGUCUGUUGGUCACCUCCGAUCAGAUCGAUCGAUCGCGUGUUUCUCAGGAGUAUUUUCUUCUUUUUUGUUUUUUUGUUUCUUUUUAAAUCAGGUUUUAAUUUAUUUCGUGCCGCAGCAGCACUCCCAUCCAGUCCGAACACACAUUCCUGCUUCCUGCAUGAGAGAGAGAGUUUGUUUUUGAUUGUCUCACAUUUGGUUCUGUUGGGUUCUGUUGGCAGCAGGUCCAUUUAUCUGAACGGAUGUGUCGUUUUGUUUUCUACAUGCACACAGCUGCUUUGUUUAAAUCACACCGAGUCUGAAUGUGUUCUGUGGAAGCUCACUGGUGCCAGAACAACAACACGCACUGGGUCAGAAUCUCAACUCUCCUGUGGUCUUUAUUAUAAUUAGUGUCAUAAUUAUUAUUUUACUGAAUCAUGAUCUUGACUUCCUGUCUGAUUAAAUCAAAGUCAAAAUCAACACUCGGGUCUUAAGUUCUACUUUUCUCGACUCGCUGUCUCAGUAUUUAGAUUAAAACAUGAAGAUUGACGUGUUUUUAUUCCUGCGUCUGUUUUGUUUUUUGGCCACAGUGAGCUUCCAUAGUUCUCUCAGGAGCCUCACUUAUGAAAAGUCUGUGGUUCUGAGUUUCCCAUCAGGACGUGUUGAAGUUCUGAUGCGUCACAAAAAGCCAGAAAUCAAAGCGAGUGACAGAUUUGAUCUCAGCAGAGGUUUUGAUAAAUGAGGCGCUGAUGCUCAGACUCGUCCCGUCUCAGCUGUGACGUCUGAUGUUUGAUUUGAUUAUGUGUGUUAACGAGCUGUCCGUCAUGUGAGGCAGUGGCACUGAGAGGGGGGGGGGUUGUCAAUAUUAUUUACAUUAUUUUUCAUGUUGAAUUUCUGGAUGUACGUGACAAAUCAAACAGCCAAACAAAUGAUGGACUUCACUUAUUAUAAUGAGGAAAUUAUGAAUAUUCACGUUUUUCAGGGUAGAUUGUCGCCUUGUACUGGCUAGCAUAUUGGUUAGCGUGUUGCACGUUAGCCGCACAGUAUCACGUUAGCUAGCUAGCUCAGUCUCAAGCGUUGCCAGUUACUGUUGCGUUACCUCGACUGCACUGAACUGAAAAACUGAGGAUGUAAAUUAGAAUCUACCAUUAGUUGAUAAUGAUUAGCAGGAAAGUGGCCAUUAUCAGUGGAUAGCUAACAUAAGCAAGCAAGCUAAAGAAGAUUUUGUGUCAGUAUUCGAGUUUGAACUCCCCAAACAUUAGCUCUUUACUUUUAAUUAGCUACUUUGGUUAACAUUUGUGCAUGAGUAAGCCAAGGUUACAAGCUUAACACUGGUUUGUCCGAUGUUGGCUAGCUGUUUGCAUAUUAGCUCCAUAUGUUAGCAUCAGAGUUUUGUUUAACUCUGCAAUGGAAGAUAAAACUGAAGAAGAGCUAAAGUAAAAGUCAAAGCCACCACGAUGUAAUUUCUCAAACCCGUAAGCUAGCUAAUAAAGCUCACAUUCGCAUCGAUCAGAAAUCAAUCAGGAAUGUAAUUAAUACAGAAAGAGACAAAAGUAAAGAAUAUUCAAAUGACUGAAGCCAUUAUUAACCUAUGCUAACAUUAGCUCACUCACAUGCAUGUCACUCCUUGCAGAGAAAUUUAAACUCCACUGUUCUUAAUAUGACAGUUAAUUUCUUAAAUGCAAGACUUUCAAAUUUAAUGAGCUAAUGUUUUAGUGCAUUAGUAAGUGGCUUGGUUGGUUAAUUAUCUGGUACCACGUUAGCAUCACAGUUGCACAUUAGCUCACUGGUCUUAUCGUUCAAACCGAAGAACAAACAGCUGAUUUAAGGUGAAAAUGAGCGGGAAAACCACCAUUAUGUGUUUAUCCAAACCUGUGACCUGCCCUGCUAGCUUGAUAGCCCAUUAGCUGGCUCAGUUAAUUAGUAAACAUAAGCAAGCUAACUUGUGUUAGCUUGGAAGUUGGAGGUUCUAGGUACAGUGGCAGCAGUGCAGUGGAGGUGACGCAUCACUUCCUGUCUCGUUCCUGCUCGGUGGUGGAGGUCGUUGUGCAGGACAGAAAAAGUAUUCGUAGAUAAAUUUUAAAAUCGCCAUGACGUCGUGCUGCUUGACAGCCAGUCGCCUCGUUGUGCCAUAAACACACCAGAUCAAUGUUCCACUGUGUUCACAUCUGAAUGGGUCAGUUUUUAUAUUAUUUUUUGUAUUUGGUGAUUUAGUUGUUUGUUUGUUUUUUACUGUGACUGUAACAUUUUGUUAACGAUGCAUAUCACAGCUUCAGACUUCACCUAGCAACAGGUGAGGAGUUCAAAACUGAUUGGACGAUAAUCCCUGACUCCUGAAAGCUCUUAUCCAAUCAGAAGCCCAGACAUAUCUCAGCUCCUCCCUCUUCUGUAUCUUAGUAAAGCUCUCAUGUCUUUAUGGAUAUUUUAAAGAUGCACUGGAUCAUCAUCAUCAUCACCUUCAUCCUCGCCUUUUGCCAAAUGUAGUUUUUGUUUUGAAAAGGGGCAUUUUAUCCUGACUUUCUUUUCUUUGUUUGCUUUUUGUUCUUUUUUUAUACUUUGUCCAUGACUCUUCCGCCGUGUUGAUGAAAAAAAUUGAGGAAGAAGUUGGAACAAAAAGUAAAAAGUGACACAAAAAGACCAACUCAAGGCAGCUACGUAUGAGUGACUACUGUAAAAUGACUAACUAAUAAAGAAGCAAUGGGUUUGUUUUUA